GGAACCGUCGGGGCUGCCCGAACGCGGGCGGCUUCAAGGCACCGAGACGAGUGGUUGGCGCGCUGCGUUGGGGAGUGCGAUCGUCGGACUUCAUUCACCACAGGUGCAUCAGCCCGGAAUGGACGCUCCUAGAUGAACCAUUGGAAACAGGUUGGGUCUCCGGAUCUCCCCCCUGCCAGGUGUGCAAGGAGCCCCGAUGGACCGGUCCGGGUCGGGAGGCUCGAAAUUACUCAAAGGACAUGCCUGGUUUUGGGCUUAUGGGAACUUAAUUAGCGUGUGAUGGGAUUUUUAGUUGUAGAUACACGAGCUCCCUUCGCUGAGACUCCGAGUGGGGCUCCGCCGAUUUCUGUGCUAAGCAGUUCGAGACCUAUCGAGGCCACAAUGAAGAAAACAACACGACAAUCAUAACAGGCUGUUUUCGACGCACUGAAGCAGAGGUGGAGCGGGAGGGUCUGAACACGUUGUGACCAGCAUUGAUGCACAGAUCGUUCCGAUAUUGGGAGAACCUCUGUCCAACUCCAAUACUUAGCUGGCUCCUCGUUUUUGCUCAAGUGACAACAGUUAUGUAUAUCCUCCAAUUGUCGUUCUUUGCAACAUCCAAGCUUGGAUAUUUCCACGGCCGCAAUGAUGGCAAUGGUGCUGUUCCUGUUGCCCUGCUUGUUGUCAACUGUGUACGCGAUGCGGGAGAAUCGUCACGACUUGGAGCGACGCGAGGGGAGAAUCGGUCUCGGUCUCUUCACCAAAUGCCGCAGUGCCAAGUGCAAUGACCAAACAUUUGAAUUCCCAGGAGAUUUGGGAGGAACGCUUGCCAUCAAGGAUUGCCAGGUGAAGAAGAAUCAGCCCUUUGAAGGAUCUGAUCAUCAUCGCAUGUGCGAGGAGACAUGCACAGUCUCUCUGACCAACAACGAGUCCAUGACCGUGAAGGUCUGGCGUAAGAGCGGCCACGGACUUCAGGAGUGUGAAUUGCAGAAGGGCGGACAUUAUGACUUGUGUCGCCUAGCCAAAUGCAAUGACCAAACCUUUGAACUGUCAGGGGAUGGAGGAACAUUUGCAUUCAAGGAUUGCCAGCUAAACCAGUCAAAGGAGAAUCAGCCCAUCGAAAGACUGAAUGGUGAGGCCAUGUGCGUGGAAACAUGCACUGUCUUAGACUCAAAUGAGAAGUCCCAGACCGUCCAGGUGCGGCGCCAGAGCGGUCGCCGCGUGAAGACUUGCCAGUUGAUGGGCCACGACUUGUGUGAAGACACCUGCUGCGUGAGCAAGUGCGGCCGAAGUGGCCAAAGCAAAUUCCAGGAUUGUGAGUUGAAGGGUCCGGUGACGAUUGGGAUCCGUGACUUUUGUGUGGAGAAGUGCAAGGCAGCCAGCUCCGGCUCCGGCUCCGUCGAUGUGUUGCGGCCAAGUGGGGGGCAAGCGUUUUGUGAACCGCAGGCCAUGGACUUUGUUGAGCAACUCGAGAAGGAUGCCUUGAGCAUUAGUGAUGGCCAGUAUGGGCAGCUGCCGCUGAUGAAGGCAGUCAAAGUCAUAUUCUUCCUAAGAAAAGUGAAGGAAGACGUCCUUGGGCCAGAGUUUCAAGCUGCUGAGGGGCAUCGCACCAGCCGAGAGAUCUCAACGGAGGUCAAACAUGUCGCGAUCAUUGGAGAUCUUCAUGGACAGCUCUUCAAUCUCAUUGCUCACUUGAUCCGUAUCAAGGAGACUUACAAGGACAAGGGGUUCAUUCCGCUUGAUGGAUCCUCGUUGCUUUUCUGUGAUCCGCGCAUGCAGUACAUCUUCCUGGGCGACUACCUGGAUCGGGGUGAAAGAGGAAUUGAACUGCUGCUGCUUCUGUUAGCCUAUAAGGCACGAUGCCCUAAGGGCCUCAUUCUCUUGAGAGGAAACCAUGAGGAUCCGGAUGUGUGGGACGACUACGGGUUUGGAGGGGAGCUGCAGCACAAGUUCCCGUACGGCCAUUUGUUCAUCAGACAGGAAGUAAGCACUCUUGUUAGUCUCUUGCCAUAUGUUGCCGUGGUGCCUGGCAAUUUCAUGGCCAUGCAUGGUGGCAUCACCCCCGCGUUCGUGAAGGCGUGCACGGGAAAAGCUGGUCGGUUUGGCAAAUGCCUUGACCGCUACAUUGCCGACAUGUCAGCUUGGGCUGAUCCUCACAAGGGCAAUGGCUGGAUCCCGUCUCACAGAGGUGAAUACAUUUACGAGUUUGGUAUGGACGAGGCAAAAGCCUUCCUUCAGUCCAAUGGCCUGAAAGGGGCCAAGAACCUCCAUGGAUGUUCGGUGCAGCUGGUGAAGGCAAUUCCG